UGGACUAACUGAUCUGUCCUAUCUGUUUCACAUCUUGCGACGCUGAACGCAGUGGUUAGAAACGCUGUUGCGGGAGGGCGUAUGGACUCAGGCAUCCGUAACGCAGUGAGCACUUUUCAAUACACAAGACUUGAACGGAUUGUUGGCGUCAUUAUCAUUUUAGUCAGUUAGGUUCGUGAUUUUCCUUCGUUAUAUUUUUUCAACUGGAGGCCUUUCAUUGAAAAGUGGGUGUCUCCUCAAUACUGGUGUGUUCAGGCAGCGGCGAGUGCAGAAGCGUGUCCUCGAUGGCUGGGUGGAAGGACGGCUCGGUGCAGGAGAAGUAUCGACUGGUUGUGGUUGGAGGUGGCGGUGUCGGGAAGUCAGCCCUAACUAUACAAUUUAUACAGUCUUACUUCGUCACUGACUAUGAUCCCACGAUUGAAGACUCGUAUACGAAACAGUGUGUCAUUGACGAAAGGGCAGCCCGGCUUGACAUCUUGGACACGGCGGGACAGGAAGAGUUUGGAGCCAUGAGAGAACAAUACAUGAGGACCGGGGAGGGCUUCCUGCUGGUCUUCUCUGUCACUGACAGAGGAAGCUUUGAAGAAAUUUACAAAUUCCAAAGACAGAUCCUCAGAGUCAAAGAUCGUGAUGAAUUUCCCAUGAUCCUUGUAGGCAAUAAAGCUGAUCUGGAGCUCCAGAGACAGGUGACUCAGGAGGAAGGCCAGCAGCUGGCCAGACAGCUCAAGGUGACAUACAUGGAAGCCUCAGCCAAAAUCCGUAUGAAUGUAGACCAGGCUUUCCAUGAACUGGUUAGAGUAAUCAGGAAAUUUCAGGAACAGGAAUGCCCUCCUUCACCAGAACCCACAAGGAAAGAAAAGGACAAGAGUGGCUGCCAUUGUGUGAUUUUCUGAGUGGGCCAUAUCUCUGUCACUCACCCAGCUACUGUCACCAGUGCCCGCCCCCUGCCUAACAUGAAAUCCUGUAUGGAUGACUGAGUGCGGCCUUCUCCAUGUGCAUGAAUUCAACAGAGGUUCCUGUGGUAGCUUCCAGGAACUGCUGCUCACCCCUGCCCUCUGGACUUCACUUCUAGAAGAAACACCAAAUCGUAAAAAAGUCCAAACACUCAACAUUGCCUCUUAAAUCAGCUAAACAAUAUAAUUUUUUGUAUUCUGAAGGACUUCCUUCUUUGUAGUUACAUUUAUACUUGUUGCUGAUAUUGAAUGAUAUAUAUCUGUAUGUGUGUGUAUAUAUGUAUGUCAAUAUGUGUGUGUGUGUGUGUGU